UUCUUCAAAGAAGGGUAUAUAGGCCUAUACACUAAAUAACCGAAUAUUUAAGAAUAGUAACAUAGAUCAUUACAGUAUUUCGUUUGAUUCCUUGAUAAUGUGUUUUCCCUCAGAUGAACCAAUCAGAUUUACGUCGACUAGCGCCCUCAUUGCCACCAGUAGACGCAAAGGCUGCAGAGACUUGCCUGCAAACCUGUUUCAACUGGAUAAAGAACAUUUUAGCAAAAUUAGGAGUAGUUCUAAGCCAGCCUCUCUCACGGUACACUAAUCCCUUAGUAGUCUGUGUUUUCUGCUUCUCGUUCGGAUUUAUCGGUUGGACGUUAUGGUUCCCAGUUUUCAUCAACUCAACUCAGACAGACGUUUAUAGAGAAAAUCAACAGAUUUCCAAAAACAUUAAUUACAGCGAUAAUGCCUAUCCGAACGAUAUUAGCAUACACCGAUUCGAAUACGUUACAUUCGAAAACGUGACAUUUAGUAACUUGCUGAUCAAUGACACAGAAUUCUAUCGCUGUGUGUUUGAGGACUGUCUCUUUACCAACAUUCUAUCAACGACCACUAUCUUCAAUAUGACAACAUUUAUAAAUACCGAAUUUAAGAGAACAGAUUUCCAUGAGCAUAAUUUCAUCGGGACGGGGAGGCCGCGAUUUUUGGAUACUCGUGGAUGUAGUUCCGUGGUCGCAUUUGCCCCUACCGCUGCAUAUUGGAAGAUGUUCGCCGGAGCUAUUUGCGGCGUCUCGAGUGUUUGUGUAGGGAUUGCAGUUUUAGAAUUGCUCGGACCAAAGUUCAUGUUCGGUAAGUUAUCUAGUUCAAAUAAUAAAUAA